AUGAAUGUUUCUGAACGUUUGCAUGUUCAGUAUAUCUUGAAAAGAUGGACUAAAGCUGCAAGACAGAGUGUUGUGUUGGAUUCUAAUGGAGUGGAGAUUAAAGAUAAUAGAGCUUUCUUUGUAAGGAGGACUAAAUUGUUACAACAUGCUACAUAUGCCAUUGAUAAGGCAAUUGUCAGUGAUGAGGCUAGCCAGCUCCUAAUGGAGUCCUUGGAUGAUUUCUUGGAGAAGUUUAACCGAUUGUCAAAUGGUAAUCUUGCACCAGUUUUAGAGACCGAGACUUCUACUAUUCAGCAUGUUUUUAAUGAACCCGAUGAAGUUAGAGCAAAAGGGUGUGGCAAAAGGUUGAGGAAAGGAAAAGAGAAGAGGAAAGGUAAGGCAAAGGAGAGUCAAGGUAGGAAAUGUCAUGGAUGUGGAUUAUAUGGUCAGUCACAUGACAAAAGAAAUUGUCCAAGACUUCUUGCCAAGUAA